CAUUCACUUCAUACACCUAUUGCCAUUUCUUGUUUUCUUCUUCUUUUUUUCUCUCUCAAACUCAAAUCCCAACAACUUGUUCAAUUUCCUCUUCAAUUGUUUAUCAUCAUCAAAACCCCAUUUCAAGAAAAUCCCAAAUUUUUCUCUAUUAUCUACAUAUCCCUUUUUUCAUCUCAACAAUUAAUUCAAAACUUCCUCAAACAAGCUACUAAUCCUUUUUAUAACCUACUUACAAACACAAUAAUGAGUACUUUUUCAUAAACAAUCUGUCUUAUUUUUUAGGUUACUAAUUUUACUCGAUCGCGCUUAUUUCUUCUUAGAAAAAAAAACAUGGAGUUAUUCCCACCACAACCAGAUUUAUCCCUACAAAUUAGCCCUCCAAAUACUACUACUAAUCAAGAAGAGAAUAAUAUAGAUUUGAGUUUUUGGAAAAGAGCUUUGGAAUCAAGAAAACCCCAUAAUAUUAAUAUUAACAACACUUCUUGUUUUGACCUAUCUUUAUCAUCAAAUAUACCAAGACCUAGUAGUAUAAUUAAUCAUCAAGAACCUAAUUACCCUUCUAGCCAAUAUUUCCAAAAUAACACAAAUUUCAUUAAUAACCCUUUUAUACCUCAUCAUCAUAAUCUUGGUUUGUUUAGACCUAUAAGUGGAGUUCCACUUUACAAUAAUCAUCAAAAUUCUUCAACUAAUACAUUACCUAUACAAUCUUCUCCUAGUUCUUUUAAUAAUUAUAAUAAUAUUAACCAUAUUUCUUCAUCAAAUAGCCACUUUCAUCAAUCCCAUAAUCAUCAUCAAAAUGGACUAAUGAGAUCAAGAUUUUUUUCAAGAUUUCCAACUAAAAGGAGUAUGAGAGCUCCAAGGAUGAGAUGGACAAGUACCCUUCAUGCUCGUUUUGUUCAUGCUGUUGAACUCUUGGGUGGACAUGAAAGAGCAACACCAAAGUCAGUUCUUGAGCUUAUGGAUGUGAAAGAUCUCACUUUGGCUCAUGUUAAAUCCCAUUUACAGAUGUAUCGAACUGUAAAAACAACUGAUAAAUCAGCAGCAGGAGCAGCUUCUUCAGGACAAUCAGAGGUGUUUGAUACUGUAUCAUCUGGGGAUAAUUCUGAUGAUUUAGUACUUGAAAUUAAAAAUUCAAACAAGUCUGAAUUAUCAGUUCAACAAGGUAGACAAAAUAUGUAUAAUCAAGAGAAAGAUUAUGGUGGACUUUGGAGUAACUCUUCAAGCAGGGAAAGUUGGCAGCUGCAUGGCAAACUAGGAGAUUAUCCAGGAAAUUUACCUUCUUUAGAGAAAAACAUGGAAGCAAAAUGCACAAGCUAUGAAGGAAUAUCAACAGAAGUGAGUUCAUCAAGCAUAACACAAGCAAGUCCAAAGAAGCUUAAUUUGGAUUUUACUUUAGGAAUUCCUAAUAUUUCAUAGUAAUAAAUAAAAAAAUGAAACAAAUAUAUAUUAAAGUUUUUGCAUGGAACAAAAAGUUGUACUCAUUUUGAAAUCAUUAGUUAAAAGAAAAAAGAAAAAAAAAGGAAAAAAGUGAUGGAAAAAAAGGCAAGGAGACAAGAUAAAGCAAGAAAAAAGAGAAGGGAGGGGAAAAAAGUGCACUUUCCUUUUUCCACUUA